AUGUCUCUCCCCUCUUCGUUUCGGGUGUACAUACACCCGACGAGGCGCCUACCGGCGCUUUUGCACUCUCGACUGUCGUCUGCCUUCUCUUCUCUGUCUUCUCCCGCUGCGAAGUCCCAGCUGAAAGAAUCAUCUGCGCGUGCAUGCUCUCCUCUUUCUCCCACCCGUUCUUCUUCCUCGAAAAGGCGCGUAGAAGCAGCCUCCCCUUCGUUCUCCUCUCUCAAAGCUUCGUAUGCCCCUCGUUCAGCUUUCCCACGGGUGUCCGCUCAUACCGAGGGGAACCCUCAACGGAGAGACUCCGGAUGUAUUUCAUCCGCGCACUCGUCCUUUCCAUUGCCACCUUCUCUCCCCUCUCGCGUCUUGCGCCAGUACUCUGACUCUGCUCCCGUCUGCUUCUUUCCUUUGUCGUAUUCAGCGGGAGUCUCUAAAGGGUUCGUUGCCUCAGCCGGCCGCUCCCAACCCUCUUCUGUGGCGGGCAUGUCGCCUCCCGUCUGCAGUCGUUUAGUCUCUCCUCUCCGUUCUUCUCCGUUCGCGUGUCGCACGUUCGCGUCUGUCGCUUCUCUCGCAGCGUGUGAGGCGCUGCACAGUCAAACGCAGUCUGGCGUCCUCCCUUCUACGUCGGCCUUCUCCGCUGCUGUCGAGGGCUUGAAGCAAGACUUCCCUUUCCUUCUCGCCUCUCCCUCUGCAGAUGCAUCCUCUCUCUCUACGCCGGCUUCUCAACAGGCUCUCUCCGCUUCCAUCUACCACUUGUUGAUGGCCCUGAACCGCACUCUCCCUCUCGCCUCCGUUGUCACGACUUCGCCGUCUCCUCCAUCGGCCUCGCCAGCUUCUCAGGCGGCGGCUGACGCCUGCUUCGCCUUGUUUCUUCCUUUUGUAGUCCCGAAGAAAGACAAGAGGACCCCCGCUUUCCUGCUUUGCUCGUCGCCCCUGCUUUCGUGUCUCUCAGGACCUGCCACGGUCUCGCUCUUCCUCUUCUUCGCGCUCUCCUCUGCGCUGAGUCGGCAGUCGCUCGCCGCAACCCCCAGUGCGGCGCCUUGCGGCGCGUCCUCCGCGGUUGGAGCUCUCAGCAAAGAGGACCUCACUUGCUCUCUCUCUCUCUUUGGGUCACUGCUUAGCCUACGGGAAAGGGACUUGAGCAACGAAGACCUCCUGCUCAUACGCAUCGGCCUGGAGGCGCUUGGAAUCCGUGGAAAGCGACACCCGCUGCUGCUGGCACUGCGCGACGGCGGCAGAUCCGGCGAAGAACUUGCCGCAGACUUCUUCGCCCUGCUGCCUCUUCACCCUGGGGUCACCGAGGAGACAGUGUGGGGUGCGCGCGAGGGACUGGCGCAGGGCGAGGGCGAGGCCCAGGAGGCGCGCGGAGAGGAGGCAGCGGAGGCAGACAGCGACCAAGACGACAACCAGUUCGAUGAAGACGAGGAGGCCGGCGACGCGUCGUCACACAAGACGCAGGGAGGGACGCGUGUGAAAGGUGAAGAUCUCCGCAGCCUGUCGCCACUGGAGAGAGAAGUGUCUUCUCUCCUCUUCCGCCUGGAGAAGCCGCACGAGGUCCUGCCGACGACUCUCGGACCGUUCGUCUACACGCUGAGGAAUGCGAAGAAGAAGGAGCUCUUCCUCUGUCAGCAUGAGCGUGACUUCUACAAAAACGAGUCGACUCGUCUCGUCGCCCACGAGCAGUGGAGAUAUCUGCUGGCGCAGCUGCGAGGCUGGAAGCUGACUGUGGUCGCCCGCGAGUGUACGUGGAGCCUCCUCUCUUCGCAGCAGGCGAAGGAGAAGGCGCUGACGGAGGCUCUGCGGAAAAGCGUGUGA